AUGAAAGGAACACAAAUUAGCGUCCAUUUUCAAUGGAUAGUGCAUCUUGAUUUUGACAAAUUCCAAAGAAGUACUUCUUCAUUCAGUUGGGGAUUAAUCCUGAUCAAAACAAUCUAUGGUUUCUCCAAGCAUCUUUCUUGGCCUGAGUUAUAUACCUCCGUGGAAACCGAGGUUAAGAUCUUCCAGACACUUGCUAUCCUUGAGGUAGUUCAUGCUGCCAUUGGUCUUGUUCGAUCUCCUGUAGGGACAACUGCUAUGCAAGUCUGGAGCAGAUUGUUGCUGGUCUGGCCUAUCUUACAUACUUGUGCCACAGCACGCCAAAGUGUUGGUGUUCCCAUGCUUCUUGUUGCAUGGUCCGUUACCGAAGUCAUCAGGUACUCGUUCUACGCGCUCGGACUAAUUAACUCUGUACCCUUUUUCCUAACUUGGUUGAGGUACACCCUCUUCAUCGUGUUGUACCCACUUGGGGUCACUGGUGAACUCUUAACCCUUUUUGGAAGUCUUCCAGAGGUUGCCGCAAAGAAGCACUAUACUAUUGAGAUGCCAAAUCCAGCCAACAUGGGAUUUUCAUUCUACGCAGUUUUGAUAAUUUCGGCACUCAUCUAUAUUCCUGGCUUUCCGCAACUCUACUUAUACAUGUUCGCUCAGCGUAAAAAGGUGCUAUACGUGGAAGCUGCAAAAAAGAAACAGUAG